AUGUCAGGUAUACCGGUAUACACCUCCUCACCAAUAAGUGCGGCCAAAAAGCCGUCUGGAGUUACCCCACAAACAACUGCAUUGCCGUCUCAAGCCCAAAAUCCAUCAGAAGAUCCCUUCACCGUGCCUACGCAGUCACAUCUCAAUCCUACUUUGACAUCAGCAUCAAAAGCUUCAUCUUCAUCUUACUCACUGGCUAAGCCGGGCAUCGCUGCUUUCCCCGCACCCAUGGUCUCAGCUACUCAGAGGUAUGCCCCUCUACAGCCAACUCCAACAACUCAAGGUGAGAGUUCUGGCCCUCCACCGCCACAACCAGGUGCUUUUCCAACCCCCGUGAAGAAGAGCAUACCUCCCCCUCCAAAGGCAGGCGAGAGUUACCAAGCCCAGCAAACACCCGCUCCUCCGCAGCCUGCAUCCAUGCCCCAACCAUACCCCCAUCAGAUGUCUAUCCCUCCUCCAACCGCGCCUUUUGGAGGACAACAACCACGGAGCUCCACCUCGACAACGCAAAAUGCGUCAUCUUCUUAUCCUGUUCAAUUCUCCUCUUCCGGAGACGGCGCUUCCCGCCGCAGUUUAGAGCAUCCACCAGGAUACCAACAAAAUGUCUAUGCUUCGGACCUCACAAGCGAACAGAGACGUGCCAUGGAAGCCGCCAAUGCAUCACUAGAAAACUCCGAAGGGAUAGGAGAGCAGGGAGAAGGGGUGUGGAAUGCGCUGGGUAAAAUGGCCCAGCAGGCUGGUGCGAAGAUCGCGGAGACAGAGGCUAGUGUGUGGCGAUCCAUUAACAAGGAACAAGAAGGAUUCCUUCUGCCUUCUGGAAACAUUCGAUAA